ACGAGAAACACUCAACUUGACGCGCAAAGUUUAUCAGUUUUUUUCAUCGCUUCGUUUUUCAGCACUUUUAUGGAUAUUCCUGUAGAAAAUCAUGAAAAUUCCUGAUUUAACUAACUAUGAGCAUUUGAUUGGAGGAUUAUGUGGAGGUGUGACAAGUACAGUUGUAUGUCAUCCAUUUGAUCUUUUGAAAAUUCGAUUUUCAGCAAAUGAAGGAAGUUCACUCAGGCCACAAUAUUCAAGUUAUGCGGAUGCAGUUCGUAAGAUUGUCCGCGUGGAAGGUGUUCGAGGAUUAUAUCAAGGAUGGACGCCAAGUCUGAUUGGUGCAUCUCUUUCGUGGGGACUCUAUUUUCAGUGGUAUAACUCUUUGAGGACAAAAAUCUACGAAAAUUUCUCGACAGGAAGUAAACUGGCAAAUAACUUGAUAAGUGGAUGCAUAUCUGGCUCAGCUAUCAUGUGCAUUACUAAUCCAAUUUGGCUCACAAAAACUCGACUAUGCCUUCAGUAUGAAAAUCAACAGUCUAAAAAGUAUGCAGGAAUGAUGGAUUGCUUGAAGAAAACCGUUAAACAGGAGGGAUUUUUUGGAUUGUAUCGAGGUUUCGUCACGGGUGUCAUAGGAACAACACACGGAGCAGUUCAAAUCGCAGCAUAUAGCUGGAUAAUUGAUAAAAGAUGUCAAUCACAAGGGUUACCUAAAGAUUCAUUUUUGAGUCAGACGGAUUAUGUUAUCGCUUCUUCAACUUCCAAGGUUCUUGCCACAACAAUCACAUUCCCGUAUCAAGUUCUUCGUACUAGAAUGCAGGAUCAUAAUACAGAUUCUCGUGGAGUUUGGAAAACAACACUAAAAACAAUACAUAACGAGGGAAUCGGUGGACUUUGGAAAGGAUGUCUUAUUGCAAAUGUUCGGCAACUUCCAGCUGCUGUGGUCACAUUCCUCACGUAUGAAAAUGUUAAGCGUUUGGUCGGAAUGACGAAACAAAUUUAGCUAUUUAUUUGUGAAGUUUAGUUUAACAAUAUAAUUUUUCAAAUAAUCUUGUUGCAAUAGUACUUUCUAGUUUUAGAUUAGAUGUAGUGUGUACAAUAAGUAUAUUGUUUGUUGUUUUUAUUCGGGUAUUUGUUUAAAUGUAUUUUCUUUUUAUAGCUUUCAUGGAUUUAUGGUAAUAAAAAAUUCAAUAACAAAUC